AUGUCUACCUCCACCUCCGCCAUCAAGCUUCGCCGCAAGAAGAAUGUCAAGAAGGGAAUUCAGUUCUGUCUGAUGGUCUGUGGUGCCUCGGGUACCGGCCGAACAACCUUCGUCAACACUCUCUGCAACCGACCCGUCCUCACACCUCUGGACUCUGAUGACCCGACCACCGCGCACCUCGAGGAGGGAGUCAAGAUCAAGCCUGUGACUGUUGAGUUGGAGUUGGAUGAGGAAGGAACCCGUGUGUCCUUGACCAUUGUGGACACCCCCGGUUUCGGUGACAGCAUUGACAACGAGGCGUCCUUUGGUGAAAUCUCGAGCUACCUCGAGAGGCAAUACGACGACAUUUUGGCCGAGGAGAGCAGAAUCAAGCGUAACCCGCGAUUCCGGGACAACCGUGUCCAUGUCCUCCUUUACUUUGUUCAGCCCACUGGUCACGGUCUCCGCGAACUCGACAUUGAGCUCAUGCGCCGUCUGUCACCACGUGUCAACGUCAUCCCUGUCAUCGGCAAGGCCGACUCACUCACUCCCCUGGAGCUUGCCGAGAGCAAGAAGCUCAUCAUGGAGGACAUUGAGCACUACCGCAUCCCCGUCUACAACUUCCCUUACGACAUCGAGGAGGAUGACGAGGACACCGUCGAGGAGAACGCCGAGCUCCGCGGCCUGAUGCCAUUCGCCAUCGUCGGCAGCGAGGACAUCAUCGAGCUGGACGGCAAGCGCGUGCGCGCCCGUCAAUACCCAUGGGGUGUGGUCGAGGUGGAGAACCCGCGACACAGCGACUUCCUGGCCAUCCGCUCCGCCCUGCUGCACUCGCAUCUCGCGGACCUCAAGGAGAUCACGCACGACUUCCUCUACGAAAACUACCGUACCGAGAAGCUCUCCAAGAGCGUGUCCGGCACCAACGACGCCGCCGACGACAGCCUCGACCCCCAGAGCCUCGCCAGCCAGAGCGUGCGCCUCAAGGAGGAGCAGCUCCGCCGUGAGGAGGAGAAGCUGCGCGAGAUCGAGGUCAAGGUCCAGCGCGAGAUCAACGAGAAGAGGCAGGAGCUGUUGGCCCGCGAGAGCCAGUUGAAGGAGCUGGAGAGCCGGAUGGUGCGCGAGCACACUCCCAACCACCCGGCCGUCGCCGAGGAGGAUGGUGAAGAUGCCAUCUAA